GCCAGUUCCACACCAAUACUCCCAGUUAUUUCAAACAAACAAGAAAAGCAAUUUUUUAUUUAAAACGGAAAACCCAGAGCUAAUAUACUCCAUCACUUCCUCUCCAUUCUUCUGGGUUUCACCACUGUGCUGCGCGGCGUUUCUCACGUCGUUUCCUCCCUCUCCGGCGGCGCAGCCUCCUCUAUCACCACCCACAAAACCCUAUAAACCCUAUUUCUUCCACCUCUUUUAACCUAUCUUUCCAAUUAUUUCAAGAAAAUUCUACCCAGAAAUGAAAUCCCCUGCACCCCUUCCACCACCAACACCUUCCCGAGAAACCACCCACCUUCUUGAGAUCAACUUGAUCUCCGCCCAAAAUCUCAAACCUCCCUCCGCAAAUAUCCGGCGCCUCCAAACUUACGCCGUCGCAUACAUUGACCCCACUCGCAAGCUCCGCUCUCGCGUCGAUCGUCUUGGCGGCGAAAACCCUUCUUGGAACGACAAGUUCAUAUUUCGGGUCUCCUCCGAUUUCCUCGCCUCCGAAACUUCCUCCUUCACUGUCGACAUCUACGCCGUCGGUGUUCUCAAAGACGCGCUUCUCGGCUCCGUCCGAUUCCUCCUCAGCAACUGCGUCUGCCUCCAUUCUACCGGAGUUCCAUCCUUCGUCGCUGUUCAAAUUCGCCGGAAUUCCGGAAGAUUCCAAGGCGUGCUCAACGUCGGUGCUAUGGUAAUCGACGCUUCAUCGGAGGUAGGGUCUUCACUCGCCGGAGUUUCGGCAAUUGGUUAUCGUGAUUUCAUGGGGGAGAGUCAUCAGCGGAGAAAGCACCGUCGUGGUGUAUCCGAUCAGAGUUCAGAAAGCGAGUCAUGCGGAGGUGACUCGGUGGAUUACUCAGAUGGGUCAGAGUCGACCGACUCGUCCACUUCCGGGUCGAAUAUUCUGAAGGAAUUGAAUGGGAGGAGGGAAAUGGCGGGAAAGUGUAAUGGAGAGGGAAUGAUCCUGUGUGGACUAGGGUUUCAGAAGAAGAUACAGAGGAGACCGUCUGAUCAAGAUAUCAAGGAUUUCGAUGCGUUGGAUCUGAAUACUGGUCGGUGAUGAACGGAUGAGAUUAAAUCAAGGGUUUUAGCUGGGGAAUGGAAUUCUUUAUCAUAUGGUGAAUUGCUGCUCACUUAUGAUGAUUCUUUAUCUUGCAUUUGAAUUACAGUUUUUGGUCCCAAAAAGAAUGUAUUUUUUAAAAAGUUUUGUUACGAGUAAAUAAAAAUAGUCUCUUUUAGUCCGUCAAAAAUCACAUACCAAUUGUUGUUAAUUUGUUAUCUACUGAUUUUAAUGAUCUUUCA